CUGCAUUCCAGUCACUUCCAUAGCCACAUGAAAGUGAUAUAUAUGUUUUUGCAAACAUAUAUACAGUAUAUACUCUGGUGUGUGCUUCUCUUAUGUUAUCUGUUCAUAGGGGAUUGCAGGGGAGCCUGGUUUGUCUAUCAUUGGACCCAGAGGGCCUCCUGGACAACCCGGCACAAGAGGAUUCCCUGGUUUCCCAGGUCCUAUUGGGUUGGAUGGAAAGCCUGGGCAAAAAGGACAAAAGGGAGACAUGGGUUCUCGAGGUCCUCAAGGAAACCUGGGGGAGCCAGGCCUCAAAGGGGAGAAGGGUUCAUGUGGAGACUUAACACACCGGGUGUUGCCCAUGACCCUGCGAAACAUGCCUUCUAUAAACCAUCUAAUCUUGAAACGCCUCCAGCAGGGUGCACCCGGAUUACAAGGACCCCCAGGACCCCAAGGCCUCCCUGGUGCCCCUGGUGCCCCUGGUUCUCCUGGUGCCCCUGGCCUUAAUGGUCCCAGCGGACCACCGGGUGAAAAGGGAGAGCCAAGCGCUUUUGCAAAGGGGAGUAAAGGAGAGCCGGGUUCCCCAGGACUAAUCGGUCUCAUGGGGCCCAAGGGCGAAAAAGGAAAUAAGGGGGAAGCAGGUACCAAAGGCCCUGCCGGCCCACGAGGUCCAUCAGGUCCGACGGGGCAGCCGGGAAAGAUGGAUCUCCAGAACAGUGAAAAUAACAUUCGCAAUAUGCCCCUGAUGGGGCUUCCUGGAUUACCUGGACCUCCAGGAUCCCCUGGAAUCCCUGGUGAAAAGGGUCCCACAGGACCAGCAGGUACACCAGGCCCUCCAGGACCAAAGGGAGAUAGAGGUGAAACGGGAAAUGCAGGCUCGCUAGGACCAACCGGCCUUCAAGGCAUCCCUGGUUUGCAAGGACCACAAGGACUCAAAGGAAAUCGGGUCUUCCUAUCCCCUUUUCCCUUCCUUCACCUUGUUCUUUGCCCUAUGACUGCUUUUUGCAGGGUUUGCCCUCCUUUCUCUUACAAACCCAGGCCUCCUCUUCCUCAUCCUCAUUCUAACAUAUUCCUGAUUUAAUCCUUUUCCUUUAACAGUGGCUAUUUCUUUUAAACUCUCUCUCCCCUAAAUCCCGACCCUUACUAUUUACCUGAAAUUGGCAAUAAAUAAAUAUUAACAACAAUUCUGCACUGAAAUUUUGCUUAUGCAAUAUUCAUCUUUCAUGUGAAGGAUUCAUUCAGUCCUUCAGCCUUUCGCUUGGUGAGUUGGGUACUCUGUUAAUGCAGCAUUCAGCUAGUAGUUUCAUUUUUUCCAUCAAAUUGCACGCAGCCUGCACACUGUGCUAUUUAAUCAAAACCAGCUUUAGUGUCCAGGUUUGUGCACACAGACAAAUCAUUUGACUUUGGUUCUGCUUUACUCUCAAUCUACAUACAUUUUAACUCCAAAUUUAUGAAAUUUGGUCUGAAACAUUUUUUACAUCCUUGGGGGAAAUAAAAUCUGUCUCUGUGGUGACUUCAUUUUUGUUAAGUAGCAUUCUAAGUAGCUAAAAGGCUAAAUAGUUUGUGUCCAGGAUGUGUGGGGUUUGCAGUGAUGUUACUUGGCCUUUUUCAGACCCUGAAUGGAGGGAAAGAUAGUCCUGUUUUUAUUUUUUUGUGGACCUGAGUGAUGGUGACUCUCUGGCCGCAUCAUCUUUUGUGGCUGACUCAAACCAGGCAGUCAUGGAUGUUCACAAGGCAGACUGAAUAAUGACAGUGCAGAAGACGAACAGGAGCUCAAGUGGUAGGUUCUUGAUUUGUCACGGGACGUGGAGGAAGAAUACACACCUCGGGGGCAUCGUUGCUGAUUGUUCCUGCGGAGGAGAAGAUGCUCCUCAGCUUCAUUUGCUGCUGCUGGUCAGUCAGGGAGCUGGAGAUCAACUCGCAGGUGGACUCAUCCAGCUCACAGAUGCAGGAUGGCUUGGUUGAGCUGAAAUCCACAAACAGGAUUCUGGCACAUUGUCCCUGGACAGUCAAAAUUGUGCCUCAUGAAUUGUGGCCCCGGGCUGACUGCGUCAUCCUCUGCAUUAACCUCUUUCAUCAAACUAUUGCCAUGUGAUUUCACUACUGCUGAAAAAUAUGAAAAGAAAUAUGUGUGCUGAAUGAUAAAAUGGGAAUUUGAUUAUCAUACUUCUCGGAGUUCUCUUCACUUCGAAGGUUUUAAAAGUCCUCUUUCCGUGCGCACGGCAUUUGGGCAUUAAUGUCUACAUUUAGCUGCUAAUGAAUGGCAUUCUGAUGCACAUCUCGCUAUCUGUAUCUCUCUCUAUAUGGAUGAUACUAAGCUGUGUGCUAAGACUGAGUAUCCACUCACUGAUCUGCACUACUAGGAUUAACAGGAUGAAAUGUCACUUGGUCUGGUUGAGGAGUGAAAGUGGAUUGUGGUAAUCCAGACAGAGGUAACUAUCCUCCCAGUAAGACCAGCAGAUUUCAAAGGAGAGCUAUAAGUAACUUGUUGGACAGUGUUUAGUUGGGCAAAAAAUGCACCACUUAUAGUAAAACACAAAAGCUAAGACCCAGCAUGAGAUGAAUACCUGCCUGGGUAAUGAUGAGUGAGUGAGACAGAACUUUAUACAAGUACUUCAUUUUAUUAUUUCUGCGAAUAUAUGUUUGGCCACUGAGUAAUUCCGUAAUUCCUCUGCCUCAGUUUUUUCAUCACUUGUCACAUGUCAGAGAUGUCUCAUAAGAACCCGGCUCACCAAAUGAGUAACGUUGACGUCCCUUUUUAAUUCCUUCUGCUAACCUUCCUUUCAAGGUCUUUUAAAUACCCCCCAAAAUUUACAACAAAAUAGUAUUUUGAAAUAACUUUAUUUUCCAUGUAUGCCAAGUUAAAGUUGCAGAAUGUAACUUUUACAAAAAAAAAAGUAGGCUUUAUUUUACAUAUUUUUUAGAAUAGUCACCGGUUGAGAAGGAUAAUCUGUAAAAAAUACUGAGCUCCUCUACCUCCUACCAGUGAUACUGUUGCCGUGUGACGAAAUGCAUCGCCAGAAGUGUCUUAGUGCUAUCAAUCUGCUUGUGUAUGUGCUGCUCAAAGUGUUGAUGGCAGAGAAAUUACUUGCUUUUUCAGGAUGUUUAUUGGUUGCCACGCUGGCUUGCCUGAGCAUCCAUGACAGGCACUGCUGUCAGGAAGAAGCCACAGCAAAGAGCAAGGUGUGAGCAGGGUAUACAAGAGCAUGACUGACAGCGCUAAGACACUCCUCCUGGUUCCGAUUCGUUGUUUCCAGUGAGCGCUGGAAGAAGGCAGACGAGCUUGAUUUUUUUAAAAUAGAUUUUCUCUUAGUAAACUGUCAUGACAUGGUGACAGCUUCAACAAAUACGUAAAAAAGAAAAAGAAAGUUUUUAAAAAAAUAAAAGUCACAUACUGCAGCUUUAAAUGUAAUUCAGAGACAUGAAAGUGUGUCUUU